AAAUAAAUAUAUAUAUAUAUGAGACGACAAGCCUGUGAGGAUCAUUUAAGUGAAACACUGCGGUUGUUGGUUUUUCGUUGACGAAGAAGCUCGACAUGGCUGACAGCAGGGACAAAGCAUCGGAUCAAAUGAAGAUUUGGAAACAAAAUAGAGCCUCGCAGAGGCCCGAACAGCUGACCACCGGAGGCGGCCAUCCCAUCGGAGACAAGCUGAACCUGCAGACGGCCGGACCGAGGGGCCCCCUCCUGGUCCAGGAUGUGGUCUUCACUGAUGAGAUAGCCCACUUCGACCGGGAACGCAUCCCAGAGCGAGUGGUGCACGCCAAAGGGGCAGGAGCGUUUGGCUACUUCGAGGUGACGCACGACAUCCGCCGCUACUGCAAGGCCAAGGUGUUCGAGCACGUGGGCAAAGUGACGCCCAUCGCCAUCCGCUUCUCCACAGUGGCGGGAGAAUCCGGAUCAGCGGACACUGUGCGGGACCCUCGAGGCUUCGCUGUCAAGUUUUACACGGAUGAGGGCAACUGGGACCUGACGGGCAACAACACACCCAUUUUUUUCAUCAAGGAUGCCAUGCUGUUCGCCUCCUUCAUCCACACGCAGAAGCGCAAUCCUCAGACGCACAUGAGGGACCCGGACAUGAUGUGGGACUUCUGGAGCCUGAGGCCCGAGAGUCUCCAUCAGUUGUCCUUCAUGUUCAGCGAUCGAGGAUUGCCGGACGGCUACCGCCACAUGAACGGCUACGGCUCGCACACCUUCAAGUUGGUCAAUGCCGACGGAGAGCGCGUGUACUGCAAGUUCCACUACAAGACAGACCAGGGAAUAAAGAAUAUGCCUGUGGAGGAGGCAGACCGCCUGGCUUCCACCACCCCGGACUACGCCAUUGGAGACCUGUUCAACGCCAUCGCCAACGGCAACUAUCCGUCCUGGACUUUCUACAUCCAAGUCAUGACCUUUGAGCAGGCCGAGAAGUUCCAGUUCAACCCCUUUGACCUCACAAAGGUGUGGUCGCAUAAACAAUACCCGCUGAUCCCUGUGGGCAAAAUGGUCCUGAACAGGAACCCGGUCAACUACUUCGCCGAGGUGGAGCAGCUGGCAUUCGACCCCAGCAACAUGCCACCGGGCAUCGAGCCCAGUCCUGACAAGAUGCUGCAGGGUCGCCUCUUCUCCUACCCGGACACUCAUCGGCACCGACUGGGCGCCAACUACCUGCAAAUCCCCGUCAACUGCCCAUUCAGAGCCCGUGUGGCCAACUACCAGCGCGACGGCCCGAUGUGCGUGCUUGACAACCAAGGUGGCGCUCCAAACUACUUUCCCAACAGCUUCAGCGCUCCAGACAGUCAGCCUCAGUUUGUGGAGUCGUCAUUCAAAGUGUCCACCGAUGUGGCGCGUUACAACAGCGAAGAUGACGAUAACGUCACCCAGGUUCGUGCCUUCUACACGCAGGUCUUGAACGACAAGGAGCGUCAGAGACUUUGUCAGAACAUAGCGGGCCACCUGAAGGGGGCGCAGCUCUUCAUCCAGAAGCGCCUGGUGGAGAGCCUGAAAGCCGUCCAUCCAGACUACGCAAACAGGGUUCAGAGCCUUCUCAACAAGUACAAUACGGAAGCCCAGAAGAACGCUGUUCAUGUGUACAGCCGUCCAGGAGCAUCGGCCGUCACCGCUUCAUCCAAGAUGUAAACGCAUUUCCAGCGGGAGCUCAUUCCCUGACAGCAGUCACAAUAAUAACUACAACAAAGAAAAAGAAUCAACAGAUCACAAACCAAGAAAAUGCUAACAAGGCUUCAAGUAAAAUGAAAGUAAUCCACUGAUUUCUGCUUUUGUUGGAUUCGUGCCUUCGUCGGUCUCAAUUAACAAUAAUGAUUGUUGUUGAUCGUCUCUGUACGAGCACUUCUAAUGUUAGCGAAUCCCUAACCCCAUCCAUUGCCUCAAGAAAGCUUGUUCAUUUACAGGAAGCAAAUAUAUUCAAAGCACCCCCACCCCUGGUCUAGAAAAUGCUAUGAAGAAAUGCCAUUCUUAUAGUAAAAGUUGUACUUUGAUCUCAUACUUGACUGAACCGCUGGCCAAAAUACAAAUGCCAUAAUCGUCUUAACGCUUGCUUUCCGGAAAACCCUUCAUCUAUCUAGGAAUAUGUUCAGAAGUUCAGCACAGUGCCUUGUCUGUCACAUUUGGAAGUGUGAGACUGGUGAAAAAUACUGAUGGUCGUUUUGUAAUGUUGCCUAAUUAACACUCCUUGAUUGGGACAUAAAACAGUGCUUUUAUUAAUAAAAUGCAUAUCAGCA